CGGACGCCCGUUUUCGUAACUCACUAAUGUUCCGUUACAGUUUUCUCAAAAUCGUUUCGUUUAAAAGAAUUUUUCAAUCGAUAACAGAAAGUAGUCAUUAAAAUUAAAUUAUCGAUAGUGAGACAUCACUAGUGUGAUUAAAAACGUACAUUUCUGUACGAUAACUCGAUGUGUCGAUAAAAACAUCGAUAGAAUAGCAAUCGCGUGUAUCACCGGCGUCAACAAUGUAGCCAUAGUGACGUUACUGUUGACAAUUUGACAGUUUGGUAAUGUUAAACCAUUUUUACGAGUCCCAAUUAUGAUUUCCGAAGUAAAAAAUGUGCGGUGUUGGCGUGUUUUGAGAUUACUUUGAGAGAUUUGUGGUGAUUUUUGUGUACGUUACAACAUCACCUUUAAAAAUGGGAAAUGGAAUGAAUAAGGUCCUGCCUGGGCUGUACGUGGGCAACUACCGGGACUCCAAGGACCCCGUACAGCUUGACAAGUACAAGAUUACUCACAUCCUGUCCAUACAUGAUGCUGCCCGUAGACUGCAUUCCGAUAAACAUUAUCUUUGUAUAAUGGCGUCGGACUCACCAGAACAGAAUCUCACGCAGUACUUCAGUUUAUGCAACGAUUUCAUACACGCCGCGCGACUCAGAGAUGGAAAUGUUCUUAUACAUUGUUUAGCGGGUAUGUCUCGCAGUGUUACGGUUGCGGUGGCAUACAUAAUGUCGGUGACACCCCUAACAUGGCGUGAAGCACUCAAGGUGGUGCGUGCAGGCCGCGCAGUUGCCAACCCUAACCUCGGUUUCCAGAGGCAACUGCAAGACUUCGAAACAUAUAAAUUAGUUGAGGAAAGGCGACGUCUUAAAGAGCGGUAUCCAUCGUUGGCGCUAGCGGACAGCGACCUGGCGGAGUGUCGCGUCAUGCUGGACUCAUAUCAGCUUAUGCUGCGCCAAAAGACCAUCUGCGAGGGCAAGUGUGCUAUGGGUCGACAGUGUCCUACUGGUGUGUGCAGGACGGGAUCAAAACGUCAGCCGCGCUCGCGCCGUCCGUCCGCCGCGGGAGGCGGGCCAGGAGGCGGGGAGCCGGGCGCAGGGGGCCUAACGCGCUCACCCUCCACCCUCUCCACUACAUCUACCACAUCUGGCUACAGGCCGCGCUCCUCCCCCGCAGGACUCUAUAGUUACACUGGACCCACAUCGAGACCGACUAGGUCGACCUCAGGGUUGAGCGUGACGCGCGUGCGGGACGCUGUCGGUGGGGGCACCGCCAUGGCUGUAGGAGGCUCCGAGUACUCCCGUCGCCGAGCUGCCUCCGCGCCGGCCACUCCCGCACUCUCCCCUGCCUCUUCCCCGCCGGCCUCCCCGCACAGGGCGCCGCAUAGAAAAGCCUGCGCUUGGAUCAUACCUUCUGUGAAAUGGAUGGACUCUGAAGACGAUUUGUAGGUCUCGACCUACACAGCGGUGUUCGUAGCAGGCCGCCAGAUGUCGCACCACAUCCGCCCACAACCGCACAAGAAUUAAUUUAAUUAUUAAGUAUUGUAUAUUACGAUACACGAUUCUAUUUGACAUGCACUCGCUCAAACUUACAUCAGCUGAAGCUUAUUAAAUCAGAUAAGCUUGAUUAAAUAUUUACACCCUGUACAGUCGCGGAAAACCUCGGUGCUGCAAUUAAAAAAAAUAUCUUGUUUCUUCCAACGAGACAAACUUCGACCCGUUUUAUAAAUUAACAAUAGGUAAGUGAGUUACGCAAACGACGGAACAGUGAAAAAAAAAUUAGUCGUGUAUCACACAUUAUGAGGAGCGGUCAAAUGACUGUCGCUUUUAAGGAGGAACACCGCCAAUUUCCUCGACUGUACCAGUUGGUUUCGAUUGCAAUGAUACUUGAUUUAAUACAUAAUGUUAUCUCUGUUUAAUCAAAGAGAAUGUAAGAGAUGGCAAUAUGUAUUAUUACAAUGAUCAGUGCAGUGAAUUUCUGGGCUAUGAUGUAUGGAAAUUAAACUUCAUUUAUAAUUGCCAACUUUGGUACAAGUGAAGUUUGUUGGUUAUUUUGAAUGAUAGUUUGUGAAAAUAAUCUGUUAUUAUAAAAUUACAAAACAUAUUUUCUGGAAAGUACAGUCGCUAACAAGACCCAUUAUCGUAAAUUUCAAAAA